AUGCCUCGCAAAAACGUUGUCACCUGGAAUUCAAUGAUUGGUGGGUAUUUUCUCAAUGGUUUUUUAAGCAAAGCCUCGGCUUUAUUCCAUCAAAUGCCAGAACGUGAUAUUUUUACGUAUAACACUGUGAUAUCUGGGCUCAUGCAUGGUCAUGAUGUGGAAGGUGCAAGUGGAGUUUUUGAAGGGAUGGCCUGUAGAGAUGUGGUGACGUGGAAUGCAAUGCUUGGAGGGGUCUGCAAAAGCCGGAAGGAUGCUGACACUUGUAAAUUCUUUGAAGGGAUGCCAGUCAAGGAUGUUCGUGCAUGGAAUGUGAUGCUAGAGGGUUAUGUAGGAUUUGAGUGUGUUGACAAGGCAGAAAUUUUGUUCCAGGAAAUGCCUGACAAGGAUUUGGAUUCAUGGAAAUUAUUGGUGAGUGGAUUGGUUAAAAGUAGACGAUUAAUAGGUGCUUUGCGUUAUUUCAUGGAAAUGCCAACGAAAUGUUGUAAUUAA